AUGACCAUCGGUUGGUUCGACGCCUUCAGGGAGAAUGGCGCCCCCACCUGGUACGGUGAGAACAGAACGCCGGUGGUGGUGGAUUUGCAGAUUGCCGCCUUGUUAUCACUGUUCAUAACACCCACCUUGGCCUACGUGCUGAUCUCGCCCGGGAUUCGAAGGUAUCGUAUCUCGUCGACGUUUACGUUUCUCUUCUCAAUGGCGGUUGGAGCUAUUAUCUUAGGUUGGUUCGGGGUUUUUGUGGUUUUUUGGGGUUAUAUAUAUUGUAUAAGGGUAGUAAAUGUUUGUAUCUGAAUCAUAGAGCUAUAAAACAGUUAAAGUUUAACGUGUAUUAGCUAUAUUUUGAUAUUAUAGUACCUAGACUAGCUGUAUUUCAUUAUUACAGUACUUGAAAUUCCUAUAUUUUGAUGUUACAGUACCUAAAAACAGUAUUUUUCAAAAUUUUUCAAGUUUUGGGUUUAUAUUGGCUUCUCUUUUAGUAUCGAUACAUUACCCAUGUUGGCAACAAGGCGAUGCACGAGUACUCACAGCAUACAAAGCCUUCUCCACCGACCGGUUGAAUGCCGUUUUGGGUGUUAAGAUUGGUCUCUACAAUGUAAAUAUUACCUUAACGACUAAAACAUCGCCCAAACUGGACUUUAACGAACGGAUGAGUUUUGUGGAUGGUAAGGAAUGUACAUUUACAUUUAGUUUUGGGCUAUGUUAAGAAGUAUAUGUCUUUGUAGGGGGGGGGGGGGGGGGUUAAGAUAUGUGUACUAAGCAUAUAAUGAUUUUAGUGACAGCAUCAGAAACAGAACGAGCUCUACUGAAAGGCACACCUUAUCCUAUGCUCAAAGUAGUCGAGUACCUAAGUCUGGAUAGGUCAGGCUUCAAUCAUGGAAGACAAUAUCGAAUGGCUGGAUAUUACACUGGAGUACUGUUAUGGUGAGAUAUCUUCUACUCUACCCUAACUUGUUUCACACUGUCUUGUCUUACUUUACUUUGGCAUACUGUAGCUUCUCCUACUUUACUAUGUUUACUCUCAUUUGUCUUAUCUUAUCCUACUCUACUCUAACUUUUCCUACUCUACCUUGUUAUACUGCACCUUGUCUUACUCUACCUUGAUCUACUUUAUCUUACCCUAUCCUACCUUACUCUAGUUAUAAAACAGUAUACUGUAACUCACUGUAUAUGAAUAAAUUUUCUAAUUUUAAAAUCUAUCCCAAGCCAAUAUUUUAGGUGCGCAUUUGCCUGCUGGAUAUUACAAAUGAUUCUUUUGUGUGUUCUACCCCAAAAGUUUGGCCAUUUAUGUAUGACAGUGGGAACGUUCACAGUCACGGCCAACCUUGUCUAUGCGCUGAACGUGCCUCGACUCCUAUUCAUACCGUUCCCAGCACCCCGAGAUGGACUGUCACUUUUGGAAUUUCGGUUUUCUCAUUGCUUCUAUGCCACCCUGGCUGCAGGUAAGUUAAUAUUAUAUUUUUAAUUGUAAUUCUUUGGUCAGCACAGUAGGUAGUUUAUAUGGUUUAUAUAAGAAAAGUCGAUAGUUUCUUAAAUGACUUUAAUAUACUUUUAAUUUAAACUUAAUUGCCGUUGGCUAGCUUUUUUAAGAAGGAAAGUGCCCGAUGCGCCCAACUCUGACUGACUUCAAACGUUUAAAGAUCAUGUAAAUAUAAGAUCUUCAGCAAAGUACUCAAUUACCCGUUCAAAGAAAACCCAAGAAAAUUGAGAUCAAAAAAUAACGUUUUGAAUUUCGCGCCAAAUUGGCAAUGUGUUUCGCUUAUAACUUUGUCAUUUUUUGAUUUUUAAUAAUUUUUCUUUGAUAUACUAGAAGAAAAUCUUUAACUGGACCUACAUUUUUUAAUUUGUAAGCGUGGUUUGUCUGAAAAGCCGAAAAAAGUGUUUGAAACACAAUGCCAAAUUUGACGAGUUGGCGGGGAAACUCAAAUAUUUAAAGCUUAAAACUCAAAAACACGGGAUAAAAUUUUUUAUGGGUACGGUGGUACAAAGAGUUUAUAUACAAAAUUUUGAGCUGAUUCUGAGCGAGGCAGGUUGGGUGCUUUCCUUUUAUUAUGUAGGUUGUUCAAAAUAAUUCUGCUCUUCAUAACCUCGGAAAGUUGCUUUGAGAGAGGGUGCAGAAUUAUUUGAACAGUUUAAUAAAUGUCUUUUUUUAAUUUUUCAAAAAGAAAAAAUACAUUUUUUUAUUUAAAACAAGUUCAAAGGAUCAAUUAUUCUGGUUUUACAAAAUCUUGUCAUCAAUUUAUAUUAGUUUCCUUGCUAAAAACGUAAAACAACACUACUUCCAAAGUCGGUAGUGCAUAAAAACUUGUAAAGUUGCAUUGGGUUCCACCAUUACCUAGAUUGAUUUAUGUCUUCCUGCCACACCCGACUACCUUUCUGACUGAUAUUACUCGACUACCUUUCUGACUGAUUUAUAACUUUAACGUCAUUAACGGUUCAGUUCUUUGGCUUUUAUCAGUAAACUUAAUUGUAAAAGGACGAAUUCUGAUAAGUUGUCUUUAUAUUCUCUCGAUUUUGACGAAAGGAAAUGAAAGUUAAUAUACAACUCAUUCUUGCUAACCUUGAUCAUUUAGUGAUGACAGUUUAAGAAAUUGAAACAUCUUUCAACGGAGGACGUAUUUUACUUUUAUACAUCAAGUUCCACAGUGCUAUUAUAUUAACAUAAUUUAAAAAGAUGAUUAGGUUACAAAUAAAAAUCAUACAUAUAUUACUAUAAAGUUGUUCAUAUAAUUCUGAGCUACUUGUCAAAGUAAAUUUUUGGGGUGAGGAGGCACAUAAUUUUUUGAACAAUUUAAUAAUUAUAAAUUUGAAAAUAGAGUUUUAUAGAGAACUAAUACUGUUAAUAUUAAGCUGUUUAAGUGAUUCUGAACCGUCUCUUAAAGCAAAUUGGCGGGGCUAGGAGGCACAGAAUUUUUUGAACAAUUUAAUACUUUAUGUUAACAUAGUAAAUUACAUCCUUUUAUCUUAUAAACACAACUUAUGUAAUACUACUUGGCCAAAAGCAACAAAAUAUUAUAUAUCAGUUUAAAUUAAACGUAGUUAAAGCUCAACUUACUCAAUACAACACCAUACAUCUUAAUUCAUAACACUAAGCAUAUUACAUUACUUUAGGCCUUGGAAGCAUCGUAUUCGGAGCCAUCUUGAUUCUACUACAACUCAACAAGAACUUCCGAUUCAAAACUAUAUUCUCCUGUAAAAACUAUCGUCAUAUACCGUGUCAUUGUCAAGAAUUGACCAAACGACCAGCAUCAAACAUCAGUACUGGCUCUUCAUGCUCAUCUACCAUCAACUCGAGCAGAGACUCCGAACUUAGUACGGAUGCCUUCAACUCUGGAGCUUCGACUACCAGUGCUGAUAGGUAUCAUGCUUACGAAAAUGGAUAUAACAAUGGAAAUGGCAGUUCAUAUCAUAAUGGUAAUGGCACGUCUUAUGAAAACAGGAGUUCGUAUGACAAUGAAAAUGGCAUUGCUUAUCAAAAUGAACAUGAGCAAAAGCCAAUGUAUACGGUAUCUUACAGUAAGCCGGACUUGGCUAAAUGUAGAUCAGUGUCUCAGGUCAGGAAGCUGGACCAGGAACCUUAUAAUUGGAUUGUGCAAUAG